CACUUCGGUCCAAUCAAUCGACGGGAAAAUCAAAAAUUCAAUUCAAUAAUUAAUAUGACCCGUCGCACAACAGGUGGCUCUCGUGGCCCAAGUGGUCUAGUGGAUAACGCUUUGGCGUUUGAAACUAUGGGCACUGGGUUCGAGCCUCGGUGGGAACAUCAUCACUCACUGAGAAAUGCAGGUACAUCCAGCUGACGAGUCCCAAUUAGGACGAAAUGCGCAUCCUGGAUUCCACUGCUAGCCACCAUCCACCAAUUGUAUACAAAUCAAAUCCCCAGACAUCGUCGAAGCAUCUGCACAAGAAGCCGACAUGUCAACCUGAGACCGAACACUUCGGUCCAAUCAAUCGACGGGAAAAUCAAAAAUUCAAUUCAAUAAUUAAUAUGACCCGUCGCACAACAGGUGGCUCUCGUGGCCCAAGUGGUCUAGUGGAUAACGCUUUGGCGUUUGAAACUAUGGGCACUGGGUUCGAGCCUCGGUGGGAACAUCAUCACUCACUGAGAAAUGCAGGUACAUCCAGCUGACGAGUCCCAAUUAGGACGAAAUGC